AUGUGGGUCCGGCAGGUGCCCUGGCCUCUCACUUGGGCUGUGCUGCAGUUGAGCUGGCAAGCAGGGUGGCUUCUAGAGGUCUCCAGCAAUUCCUGGAGGCCCCUCACCUUCUCCCCAGCCUGGCUCACAGUGUCCGAGGGAGCAAAUGCCACCUUCACCUGCAGUUUCUCCAACUGGACCGAGGACCUUAUGCUGAACUGGUACCGCCUGAGCCCCAGCAACCAGACUGAAAAACAGGCCGCCUUCUGCAACGGUUUCAGCCAGCCUGUCCGGGACAACCGCUUCCAGAUCACACAGCUGCCCAACGGGCAUGACUUCCACAUGAACAUCCUCGCCACACGACGAAAUGACAGUGGCAUCUACCUCUGUGGGGCUAUCUCCCUGCCCCCCAAGCCACAAAUCAAGGAGAGCCCUGGAGCAGAGCUUGUGGUAACAGAGAGAAUCCUGGAGACCUCAACAAGAUACCCCAGCCCCUCAUCACCCAGGCCAGCAGGCCAGUUUCAAGGCUUGGUCAUUGGUAUUAUGAGUGUUCUAGUGGGUGUCCCUGUGCUGCUGCUGCUGACCUGGGUCCUAGCUGCUUUCUGCUCAACAGGUGUGUCAGAGGCCAGAAGAACUGGAAGAAAGGAACAGCCUCUGAAGGAGGACGCCUCAGCUGCACCUGUCUUCAGUGUGGCCUACGAGGAGCUGGACUUUCAGGGAAGACAGAAGACUCCAGAGCUCCCCACGCCCUGUGUACACACAGAGUAUGCCACCAUUGUCUUCACUGAAGGGCUGGGUGCCUCAUCCUUAGGACGUAGGGGCUCAGCAGAUGUCCCUCAAGGUCCCCGGCCUCCAAGGCAUGAGGAUGGACACUGCUCUUGGCCCCUUUGACCAGAUGCUUCCACCAUUAGCAUUUUGCAGACUCUCAACGGAGAGCACCGGUUCAUUCCUCCAUCAAGAGGAGCAUGCGGGUUACCGUGCCACAAAGGCUCCCAGGGUCUGAGCUACCUGGAGUGACAACCCACCACUUGUACCAGUUCCAACACAUGCGUUGUUGAGUGACAGUUCUCUUAAUGUCUUCCACAAGCUGGGAGCAGCAAGUAUCCCUGUCCCCUCGGGUCACAAAGCACAGAGCUGGCCUGAGCCUAGGUCUCCUGAACCCUGCUGCUGGGAACUGUGAAAGGAUUGUGUCUCUGUAGCCUAUGGCCUCGGGGAAUUUUGUGUCUGGAAAUGGGGAACCUGAUUAGAGACUGCCUAUGAGGCACCCCCAUAACAAGGAGCUCCAGGUAUACAGUAGACACAACACCUAAAGCUGUCUUUGAGAGACACUCAGCUGGGAGACCAUAGGCUGGGGGACCUGGGGACCCUGAACUAGUUCCAAGGCCUGGAGAGGUUCUGGUGAAGACUAGGAAAGUGCCCAGCAUCAGGGGUCUGGGGAAGCAUGACCACUCACCAGGUAGAGGCUCUAUGAGGGUCCCUGCUGUCCUUCUGUAUGCACAGAUACCUCAGAUCUUUCUACAGCUGGGAAACUGAGGCAAUGAUGGGGCCCAACAGAGCUAGAGACCCACCCACACCUCCAGUGAGGCACUUGCCUCUCCCCUGAUCUCCCUUAGGGACCAAAAGCACAGGUCCCGUGUCAGCAUCAGGGAAGGGAAAAGAGAGACAUAGUUUUGACUUAUAUCAACUGUGGCCAUCUUAGGCAGUGGUUUGGGUGUUGGGGUCUCUCCGUUCAUCCUCUUCUGGAGUCCAGUUCUGGCUGCCAUUCACGCUGUGCUGUGAGCUGGACAAAGGAUUUCAAGGGUCCCCUUGACACUUCAGACAGUCAAGGCAGCGAGAGUCUAGCUGUCUGGUGGGCACCCAUAUGGCCAGGGCUCCGUGUCCCUUUCCUUUGGUUCUAGCCUAU